AUGACUAAGAUAUCAUUGAUAGGAAGUGGCCAAAUAGGAGCAUUGGUAGGAGAAUUGUGUUUAAUAGAAAAUUUAGGGGAUAUAGUUUUAUAUGACGUAGUUCAAGGAAUACCUCAAGGAAAAUGUUUAGAUUUAAAACAUUUUAGUACAAUAUUAGGAGUAAAUAGAAACAUAUUAGGAUCAAAUAACAUUGAAGAUAUAAAAGACUCAGAUGUAAUUGUAAUAACAGCAGGAAUGCAAAGAAAAGAAGGAAUGACUAGAGAAGAUUUAAUAGGGAUAAAUGGAAAAAUAAUGAAAAAUGUAGCGGAAUCUGUCAAAUUAUAUAGUCCAAAUGCCUUUGUAAUAUGUGUUAGUAACCCAUUAGAUAUAAUGGUAAAUGUAUUUAGUAAAUAUAGCAAUAUACCCCAUGAGAAAGUAUGCGGAAUGGCUGGAAUAUUAGAUACAUCUAGAUUUAGAACAUUAUUAGCUGAAAAAUUAAAUGUAUCACCUGAAAAUGUGAAUGCUGUAAUUUUAGGAGGGCAUGGUGACCUAAUGGUUCCUGUAGAAAGAUAUUGUUCUGUUUCAGGUAUCCCAUUGUCUGAUUUUGUAAAUAAAAAUAUUAUAAGCCAAAAAGAAAUAAAUGAAAUUGUUGAAAAAACUAGAGAUGGCGGUGCUGAAAUUAUUAAAUUAGCUAAAGCUUCAGCAUGCUUUGCUCCAGCUGCUGCAAUUACAAAAAUGAUAAAAUCUUUUUUAUUUAAUCAAAAUCAGUUAUUCACAUGUGCUGUCUAUUUAAAUGGAAUUUACAAUUGUAAUGAUUUGUAUGUUGGAUCAACUGCUACAAUUAAUAGUAAAGGCGCUUUCCCAGUAGAAUUUCCUUUAACUAAACAAGAGCAAGAAUUAUAUGAUAAAUCUAUUGCGCACGUUAAGGAAAACACCCAAAAGGCAUUUGAUAUGAUUAAGUAA